UUUAAUUUAACCUGUCUUGCUGCAGCUGCAACUGGUGCCGGUUUCAUCGCACGAGACAUAACAUUCGAAAACUACGCUGGUCCGAGCAAGCACCAAGCGGUUGCCCUCCGCGUCGGAGCAGACCACGCGGUGGUCCACCGCUGCGAGGUCCUGGGAUACCAGGACACGUGUUAUGUUCACUCCAACCGUCAGUUCUUCCGCGAAUGUAACAUCUACGGUACAGUUGACUUUAUUUUUGGAAAUGCGGCUGUCGUUUUCCAAAACUGCAGCCUUUAUGCUCGGAAGCCGAUGGCCCAACAAAAGAACACCGUCACAGCCCAGAACCGAAAAGACCCGAAUCAGAACACGGGGAUAUCCAUCCACGACUGUCAGAUCCUUCCGGCCCCGGACCUCGAGCCGGAAAAGGGAAACAUCUACACCUAUCUUGGCCGUCCAUGGAAAUUAUACUCUAGAACCGUGUACAUGCAGUCAUUCAUGGACGAUCACAUACAUCCGAGAGGAUGGCUGGAGUGGGACGCAUCAUUUGCUUUGGACACAUUGUACUACGGCGAGUACAUGAAUCAUGGCCCGGGUGCGGCCAUUGGAAAACGGGUCACAUGGCCCGGAUAUCGGGUCAUCACGUCACCCGUGGAGGCAAGACGGUUCACGGUGGCGGAAUUCAUAUCUGGUUCGUCGUGGCUGCCGUCAACGGGAGUGGCAUUUUUGGCUGGGCUAUCCACUUAAAUCCAACGUAACAAAGGUUUGGUUUCAUGCCUCGGUCCAAGCACUCUCGUUGGCAACAAGUCUAUUUUCUUAGAAUUAUAAUUUUUAGAUGUACUUAAUAUAGCAUUUCGGGUCUAGUCAUUAUUUUUUUGAAUGAUACGAGAAUAAAUAUGCUGUAAACGGAGAUAGGUCUGGUAAUUUUGGCAUGAUAUGACCGAGAUGUUAUGUACUCUAUAUGACGAAUAAGCACGGAGGAGGAGUUAAAAAAAAAAAUGGCAAUAUUAUAAUCUGAGCAUGGCGACUUGUUCGUCUCAUUUGACUCACACCACGUGGGUUGCGCGGCCCACUUUUGAAGUUCAGAUUAAUGAGCGCUAAUGGCGUGAUCGGUUGGUCUUGACCUGCAAGAGCAGCUCGGCAAGGGC